GUUUUCGAGGCUCGUCCAUGAUUAUUACAUGAGCACAGUUUUGAACGAUGAAUAUGUCGACAAGAUUUGGGUUUUCGUCACCGACCCUCCGAGGAUUGACAUCAACCUGUUUUCGUUAUGGAUAGAAGGCCUUUCUGUCCUCUUGAUCCCUCACGUAUAGAGAUUCAGGCUAUGAAGUAUCUGGGAAUCACUCGGCCGCACAAGGCUGAGGACGAAUUUUUAUCAUAUUAUGUGCGAGAUCACUAUAUGUUGUUCUUCAAUCUCAUGCACUAUCUCGAGAAGCCGUAUCAGCUCCAAAUGUGUGGCGUAGAUGCUCACUCGGAUGCGAGCUUGCUGCAGGAGCUCGUCAUUAAAUACUACAAGUUGGAUACAGCGUUUGCUAGAGAGUUGUUCGGGAAACGGCUGCACGAUAAAAUACACAAUUUUAGGGAAUUGACAGUUAAAACAGGAAUUUUGUGGCGUUCUUAUCAACGUCAGUAUCAGAAUGUGUUGAGAAUUUACAAGCGAAUUGUAAAAUGGCUGAUGACUUCAGAUGACCAGCUCUCCGAUCCGCUGGUCGAUAUUUCAUCCUCGUAUCGUGGCAGGUACAGCGAGGAAUGGUCGAGACGAUAUGAAGGGAUCAAGAUAUCUAUGGAAGAGGAGGAGGAGAGCGGGGAAAAGAGCUAUUCGUCUGCAUCCGGAAGCACACCGAAGGCAUCUCCGACGGGUGUGCAGCCGUCUCGGUCUCAAAGCCGAGGACUGAAUGGUUUGGUGAGGUUAACGCCCCGAAAGACUUUGACACGUUUGUGCGAAGAACUUCAAUCGAAGUUUCAACUUCCGAUAUUGCUCGGUGAGCAAUACUUCCGCUUCACCUAUGCCUCUUAUAACACGUUCGAGUUUAAAAAAUAUUUCAGCCAUCUAGAGUAUCAAGACCUUGAUGCACUUGUCAUGUUCAUCAUAGAACAUUGGGGACUUUUUGACCUAGAUUCCGCCACAUGCACUUUGUGUACACAGACAGUUAAUGCGGAUGAUUCGAUAUCGAGUCACAGCAACGAGACCAGUCACCUUUUUCCUAGUUCAUCUAUUCAAAAUGGUAUAAGUACCGAAAAAAACACCUUCUCUGCCAAGCCCAAUGAAGACACCAUGCUGCAUCCCAAAUGUCUAUAUACCAAUAUCUUGGUCAUCAAUCCCAUUUUCUCGUCCGGACUUCGCGACUUGAAGACUUUAAUUUUCAAUAACAAGGGAGUGCUGGCAGCCUGGAGCGAGCGCGUCAAAUCAAAGACGUGCCUGCCAAAGAGGACUCUCCUAGUCGCUUGGGAAUCAAAGGUCUCCACCAUUCUGAAGGCCAUCUUCUCAAUCAGUCAAUCCACGCAACAACCAAAAGAUUACAGAAAACUAUUUUUUGAAAUCAUAAAGAAGAUUGUCAAUCCUUCUAAAAAAGCCAGACUAACCAUGGAACAGCUCAGCAUGCUCCUCAAAAAUGCAGAGGCUGAAGGACAGGUUCUCAUCCAAAAUGCGAACUUGCCAGACAAAGAAACAAGACUUUCAAGUGUCUGGAGCGCCUAUUUUGCGGGGCUAUGCAAAUGUGUUUUAUAUCUGAAUAAAAAGAACACAAUGGAUUGA